GGGAAUACGAACGUCAAAAGUAUCGAUGUGAAAAAUAUCGACAGUUUGCUUUCCUGUCAGUCUCGAUCUUUUGAUUCAUGUGUGCUUUCGGUUCCUAAAUUUCGUGCAAGAGUUGAAAAUUGCAUUUAUCUCACGUUAUUCGCCAGUUUAUCGAAGCAGGUUAACCCACAAACCCUCAAAAUGCAACCUCAAAUCGUGCUGUUGAAGGAAGGAACCGACACCUCUCAGGGAAAGCCUCAGCUGAUCUCCAACAUCAAUGCAUGCCAAUCGAUUGUCGAUGCGGUUCGCACCACAUUGGGACCGCGAGGUAUGGACAAGCUGAUUGUGGAUAACAAUGGCAAGGCGACGAUUUCAAACGAUGGUGCCACCAUCAUGAAGUUGCUAGAUAUUGUCCACCCGGCUGCUAAAACUCUGGUGGACAUUGCCAAAUCACAGGAUGCCGAAGUAGGAGAUGGCACAACCAGUGUGGUUCUCUUGGCUGGCGAAUUCCUGAAGCAAUUGAAGCCCUUCGUUGAGGAAGGAGUGCACCCGAGAAUCGUGAUCAAAGCCGUUCGAAAGGCACUGAAUUUGUGCAUCGCUCGGAUCAAUGAACUGGCCUUCAAAAUCGAGAAGCACGAUAACGAAAAGCAUCGAGCACUCCUGGAGAAAUGUGCUGCCACUGCGAUGAACUCGAAAUUGAUCCACCAGCAGAAAGAUUUCUUCUCCAAGAUGGUGGUUGAUGCCGUUACUACAUUGGAUGCUCUGCUUCCGUUGAAUAUGAUCGGUAUCAAGAAGAUUACCGGAGGUGCCUUGGAAGACUCGAUGUUGAUCGAUGGUGUGGCUUUCAAGAAAACUUUCUCAUACGCCGGCUUUGAGAUGCAGCCUAAAUCCUACGACAAUGUUAAGAUUGCACUGCUGAACAUCGAGCUGGAACUCAAAGCUGAACGAGACAACGCCGAGGUUCGCGUGAACAACGUAGCCGAAUACCAAAAGAUCGUGGAUGCCGAGUGGCAAAUCCUGUACGAUAAGUUGGAGAAGAUUCACAAAUCCGGAGCGCAGGUCGUUCUUUCAAAGCUUCCCAUUGGCGAUGUUGCCACACAAUACUUCGCCGAUCGGGACAUGUUCUGCGCUGGUCGCGUCCAGGAAGAGGAUCUCAAUCGAACGCUGAAGGCUUGCGGUGGUGCUGUUAUGACUACCGUUCAGGACAUCGACGACAAAGUUCUGGGGCACUGUACUCACUUCGAAGAGCGUCAGAUCGGUGGAGAGCGGUUCAACAUCUUCCAGGGUUGUCCUAAUGCUAAAACCUGUACCCUGAUCCUGCGUGGUGGUGCCGAACAGUUUCUGGAGGAAACCGAACGGUCGCUGCACGACGCCAUUAUGAUCGUUAGGCGUACCAUUCGUAACGAUUCCGUUGUAGCAGGUGGCGGAGCGAUUGAGAUGGAGCUAUCGAAAACCCUGCGCGAUUACUCGCGCACCAUCGCCGGCAAGGAACAGCUACUGAUCGGGGCUAUCGCCAAAGCCCUAGAGGUCAUCCCGCGGCAACUGUGCGAUAAUGCCGGCUUCGAUGCCACCAACAUUCUGAACAAGCUGCGCCAGAAGCACGCCCAAGGUUCGCAAUGGUACGGAGUUGACAUCUUGAAAGAACACAUUGCCGACAACUUCGAGGCCUUCGUCUGGGAACCGUCGGUCAUCAAAAUCAACGCUCUGACAGCUGCCUGUGAGGCGACCUGCAUGAUCCUAUCCGUUGACGAAACCAUCAAGAGCCCGAGAUCUGGCGCCGGAGAAAUGCCGCAGGCUCCGAUGGGUCGCGGUAUGGGGCGCCCGUUUUAGGCAAUAAACCGUUAUACUCGUCGUCUAGCUUUAGGUGAAGCAUUUUCCAUCUUCAAUCCCAUGCUAAAGAUCCUUUUAUCCCGUUCAAUAUAAUGCUUCCGAACAAAAAACACCCCUCCGGUAGUUUCAGUGCCGCUACAACAACAGGCGACAUUAGCAAUUAACAUUUUUCAUGCGUUAUUACAUUCGUCCCAGGACCCCACCAGUGGUUUUCAUUAUUGUUUGCUCUUCACCUUUUCACAUCAAACCGUAAUUCCAUACUAAACGCUAACACUUAUCGAUUAAAAAUACAAAAUAAUAACACUACGAAUUGUAUUACAAUAUUUCGAAAAAGAAAUCAAUAAAAAGACGAAGUCUCGCUUUUGAUUGCACAUUUUCUCAACAAACAA